CGCGAGAGUUCUCCUGAAUUUCCCGUCCAUGUUCACUUCCGGGUCGUUAACUCGUUCACGUCUGUUUCAUGGAGGAUUUGUGCUCAGUUCGGACACAUUAAAGGAGGAGGAGGAUGAUGAGGAUGAUGAAGGUGGUGGCGGUGUCGUCCCUCUUCUGACCUCUGUCCGUCUGGAUGGAGGAUGUGGUUCUUCACUAUCGGCCUGGAUGUGGAGACGGGCUGGGUUCUCUGUUAGAGAGGACAGAGAAGCUCCUGGAGCCGUUUCCCUGCCGGCGUCCUCCGGUCUUCGCCCCCUGGUUCCCCCCCACCGCAGACCGCCAGCUCCCCAUCAGACCCGCGAAACCAGCUCCUGUCAUCACCUCCAACGGAUUCCCGACGGCGGAGACUAAACCUCACCCUGAAGGUCCACCAGACGAACCCAAACACCAUCACCAUCCUCCACGGAAACACAAAAACGGAGACGAAGACGGUUUGUCUUCCACGCCGUCGCCGUCCAAACGCUCCUGGAGCAUCUUCACCCGGAGACGAGCUCCUCAGCAGAGUUCGUCCCCGUUGUUGUCCAAACGCUUUCGCCACGUGGUGUCGGUCCACGGGCUUCACCUCCACCAGAGGGUCCGGUGGGUGAUCGGAGAGCACAACUGUGGACCAGCGCGGGACAUGGAACAGGUGUGGCGGACUCUGAGCCGCUUGGUCCGGACCUCCAAGCUGCCGACGUGUAACGCCAACAUCCAGCGUGAGCGGGCGGAGAUCUGGGCGUUCUGCGAUGUCCUCUACUCGGAGCAGGUGGGACGUUUCCUGAAGGACGAGCUGCAGCUGUCGGGUAGAAUCGUCCUGUCCGUGCGCCGGCUCGAAGCCGUCUUCAGCUUGUAGCGGAGCCUUAACAGCUCCAGGCGUCUUGUCGAGGAACUUCCUCUCUAGGUUCUCAGCUGAGGAACCGGUUGGUGAACAUUGUUUUAUCCUGAAACGAGUCCCUGCUUGUGGAGAGCUUUUUAAAAACUGCAGUCACGUUUUACCUUCAUGUGAGUUAUGAUUCUCACCAAGAAAAUGAGAGGAAUUUGGAGCUGUGACUUUUUUAAAUGAUGAAUCCGAUGAAACUGACCUAGAUUGGACAAACAAUGUGGUUUCAUUCCUGCACUGAAACAUAUCAGGGACGAUUUUCCCCAAAUGUUUUUAUUAAUGUUGUAUAGAAUGUUUUUAAAAAUGUCGUCUUUAUGAAAUAUUUCUGCCUUUGAUAUGAGAUUUAUAUUAAUGUUUUCAUGUGAACAGACAUGAUUGCGAAUUCAGCUUCACUCAAGUCGUUAAUCUCAAAAAAUACGUCCAUGAAAUAUAUCGUUAGGGGGCGGAGCUUAAGGCACUGAUUGUUAUUAACCAACUGUUUAAUAGCGUCACAGGUAUUUAUUUUAAAUUCAGCUCCCCCCUAUUUUUCUGAGCCACAGUUAUUAAAACCCUUUUAAUAAAGUAUUUAUGAGCUGAACUGAGAACUGGACUGGAACCCUGUGUUUUCAUUCUGUUCAGUUUUCUAUCCGAUGCUGUAAAUAAAUGUGUACAUGUAUAUUUUUUUAAAUAAACUGUCUGGUGCGGUGGAUGCACA